UAAACUCAUUAACGUGCGGGAAAACGCGCUUCGAAAGCUCACUGCGCCAGGCCACAGGUGAGGAUAAACUGCAUUACCCAGAAGGCAUUAAGAGCCUAAACCAAUGACGGCCCAGGACAGAGAGCGACUCCCCGACCCUCAGCUGGAGGCGGGACUACCUUUUCUCUCCGGUAACGUCAUCAUCCCGCGUCGUUCCAGAGCCUGUCUGGCUUGGGGAGAAGGCCUCAGCAGGGAGGGCAGUGAGGGCAGUGAGGGGGUUGCCUCCCCCUCCGCGCGUCCACCAGCCUGACACGUCCUUCUUCCCUAACGGCCUAACGGUGUCCCUUGGGCGCCCUUCAGGACCCUGACCUUUGCAUCCGCUCUCCGUCUUCACAACUCGGACGCGGGGUCCUGGGCUUUAUGUGGAUUUUUCUCGGGGGAAACUGAGGCUCGGUGUGCGAAAGUCAGCUGACGUCAACCCGUCCGAGACGGAGAAGGACCUGGAUUUGGCCCAGCCCGCAGGAUCCCGGGCCCCGCCCGGUCCACAAAGUCCCAAUAUGGCAGCGUCGUGGACGGAGCCGGCACAGGUAUCUGUGACCUUUGAGGAUGUGUCUGUGAUGUUUACGCAGGAGGAGUGGGGGCAGCUGGAUUUGAUCCAGAGGAUCUUGUACCAGGACGUGAUGCUGGAGACCUGGGAGCUUCUGGUCUCUUUGGGUUGUCCUUUGUCCAAACCAGACCUGAUCUACCAGUUGGAGCACAGCCAGGAUUUAUGGGCAGUGGAGGAAAAUCUCUCCCAAAGCUCCUAUAUAGGUGACUGCACCAAACCCAUGACCCCAGAGCCUGCCUGUCUUCACCUGGACUUGCCUGAGGAAGUCUCUCUCCAGGAACAAAUGACACAGGGAACCUCAGAGGACCCUCAGUUGGGAGAAGCCCAGGAUCAGGAUGGGCCAGCUGAAAUGCAGGAAGGCCACUGGAGACCUGAAAUGGACCCAGAGAGGGAGAAGCUGCCUUGGAAAAUGAGCCCUGAACAUGAUGUUUUGGGUACAGAUGAUGGUUUAUGUUCAAUGAUUAUACAGGAACAAGUCUCUCCAGAAGGUGGCGUCUAUGACUAUGACUCACAUGGACCAAUUACAGAUCACUUGAUUUGUAAAGGGAAAAAGUCCUAUAAAUGUGAGGAAUGUGGAAAAGUGUUCAAAAAUAGUUAUCUCCUUGUUCAACAUGGACAGAUUCACACUCGAGUGAAGCCCUAUGAAUGCACAGAGUGUGGGAAAACCUUUAGCAAAAGCACACAUCUCCUUCAGCACCACAUCAUCCAUACAGGGGAGAAGCCCUACAAGUGCAUCGAAUGUGGGAAGGCCUUCAACCGUAGGUCACACCUCACACGGCAUCAGCGGAUUCACACUGGAGAGAAGCCUUAUAAGUGCAGUGAGUGUGGAAAGGCUUUCACCCACCGCUCUACUUUUGUCUUGCAUAACAGAAGCCACACUGGGGAAAAGCCCUUUGUGUGCAAAGAGUGUGGCAAAGCCUUUCGAGAUAGGCCAGGUUUCAUACGGCACUAUAUUAUCCACACAGGAGAGAAGCCCUAUGAAUGUACUGAAUGUGGGAAGGCCUUCAAUCGUCGGUCAUACCUCACGUGGCAUCAACAGGUUCACACUGGAGUAAAACCCUUUGAAUGCAAUGAAUGUGGGAAAGCAUUUUGUGAGAGUGCAGACCUCAUUCAACAUUACAUCAUCCAUACUGGGGAGAAGCCAUAUAAAUGCCUGGAGUGUGGGAAGGCUUUCAACCGCAGAUCACACCUCAAGCAACACCAACGGAUUCACACUGGAGAGAAGCCUUAUGAGUGCAGUGAAUGUGGAAAGGCCUUCACCCACUACUCUACUUUUGCCUUGCAUAAAAGGACCCACACUGGAGAAAAACCUUAUGAAUGCAAAGAAUGUGGAAAAGCCUUCAGCGAUAGGGCAGACCUCAUUCGACACUAUAGCAUCCACACUGGUGAGAAGCCCUAUGAAUGCCUUGAGUGUGGGAAGGCCUUCAGCCGCAGUUCACACCUCACAAGGCACCAGUUGAUUCACACUGGAGAGAAGCCUUAUGAAUGCAUCCAAUGUGGGAAAGCCUUUUGCCGGAGUGCAAACCUUAUUCGACACUCUAUCAUUCAUACUGGAGAAAAGCCCUAUGAAUGCAGUAAAUGUGGAAAGGCCUUUAAUCGCAGCUCAUCCCUAACUCAGCAUCAACGAAUUCAUACAGGGAAAAAACCUACCAAUGUACCAGAUGUGAAAAAACCUUUUAUAACUCCUCAGACUUCCCUUAAAAUCAGAGAACUCAUAUUAGGAAGAAUUUUUGAAUAGGACCACUGAAGAAAAUUUGUGGUGAAAGGAAGUAUUUUACUCAGCAUCUGGCCAUUUAUACUAAAGAGCAACUCCACAAACACUGUUUCUGUGAAAAAAUUUGUUGUAGGUCCUCGUGUUAUCUAAAGAAUCUUUUUAGAAAAUGACCCAGUCUUGAGACUCUGUCUCAAAAAGUAAAUAAAUAAAUAAAUAGAAAA